CGCUGAAGACGUCAUCAUGAUGCGACCCGUGUUUGUGAUGCGGCGUAUGGAAGCAUGGGAACAAUUGAAGGAAAUGGCUAAAGUUGCAGAAGAAACCUUUCGAGAUCACAGUCACGUCUUACCUGAUGGGUUUUGGUCCGCUGUGGAUGUAUGGAUUAAUAAACCUCACGUUAUAAAUAAGAGAUUAUGCGGCGUGCAAAUAGAAGAGAGCGGAGAAGUUCCCGACUUCGAGCUCGAGGACAGACUGACCGAUUUAUGUUACGGUGAACCUCCAAAUAUUAAUGAAGUGGUAAACUUUUUGAAAUACAAUGACGGAGAGAACAUGUUGCAUCGUCAUGAAAACAAAAUGGUUAUCGUACGCUCUCUAAUCCCCAAAGUAAACAACACAGAGGUUUUAUGUAACAAGGAAAUUAUUGUAAAAGAUCCUGAAGGUCAUUGUGUGACGUUUCUGCCUUUAGAGAGCAAUGAAGGAGGCAGUUUUGCUCUCAAGAAAAGUAACAUUUAUCAAAUUCAGCUUAAGCAAAUUUCAUCUGAAGAAUGGUCAAUAUUAAUUUUAGCAAUGAACAUUGAACAGUGGUAUUCAGAUGCCAUUAUUUACCCUAAAUGUGAAUGGCUGGGCAGUGAACUGUUACCGAAAAUAAUUAGAUGGUCAAACGAAAACAAGAGGAGUGAAUUUAAAAGUACAUUAUCACUUAUUCCAGUGGCUAAAUAUGGGAAUUUAUAUCAGCAGCUAAAGGAGAAAUACAAAGAAAUGGUUAAAGUAUGGCCUGAAGUCACUGAUCCAGAAAAAUUUGUUUAUGAAGAUGUUGCCAUUGCAACAUAUUUACUGGUAAUGUGGGAGGAAGAAAGGAAGGAAAAGGGUUUAAUAGAGAAGCAGUCUUUUGUAGACCUGGGAUGUGGAAAUGGCCUGCUUGUUCAUAUUUUAAGUAAUGAAGGGCAUUCUGGUAAAGGAAUUGAUGUCAGAAAACGAAAGAUCUGGGACCUUUAUGGAAAACAAACUUGUUUAGAGGAAUGUGCAAUAAUUCCAAGUGAUAGCUUUUUAUUUCCAAAUAUCGACUGGCUGAUUGGCAACCAUUCUGAUGAACUCACUCCAUGGAUACCUGUAAUUGCAUCAAGAUCUUCUUAUUCUUGUCGGUAUUUUGUGCUACCAUGUUGUUUUUUUGAUUUCCAUGGGAAGUACUGUCGCAGACAGUGCAAGAAGACUCAAUAUAGAGAAUACAUAGAUUUCAUUACAGAAGUUGGAUCUGUUUGUGGAUUUCAUGUUGAAGAAGAUUGUCUGAGAAUUCCAUCAACAAAGCGGGUAUGCUUGAUUGGGAAAUCUAGAACAUACGAAAUGACACGAGAGGAGCAUGUGGAAGAAGACAGAAAAGAAUACAUAAACAGUAGAUGGCGCAGUUCAUCAAACAAUAUUACUGCAAAAAAUGAACCAGAUAACAAGGCACAACUUGGUUGCAAAGUACCCAACAGCUGCAUUCAUAAUGUUCCUAUGAAUGAAAGUAGCCCAAGUUGUGUCACCCAGGAUUGGGUAACAGGAUUUCAAGCUAGAGAAAAAGUUGAACAAACCCGAAACUGUGCCAGUCUUCCACGUGCAUUCAUCGAUGAAGUAGUCUUAAAAGUGGCAAAAAGAUUACUUGACUUAAAUAAGGAGCAAACAAAUGAGGAAGGUAAAACAUCAUGGAAUAGAGGAGGAAGUCUUACUAUUAGAGAAAUAGCUGAACUUCUAGAUCAACACACACUGCAAACUUUAAAAAAUGAGUGUGGAGGCUUACAAACACUGCUUAAAAAUAAUCAUCAGGUUUUUCAAGUUCUCAAGGGGAGAGUUCAACUUCGUGAUUGGAGAGAAGCAGCAGGAAUGAACUGGAUUAAACCAGAUGCAAAAAGAAAGCUGCCUUCUGAGGUUUUCAAAACAAGAUUAUGCUGGUUUUUCAUUAAUCAUCCUGAUGGCUGUCCGAUUCUUGCAGAGACUUGUCAGUUUGCACAUGGGUCAGAAGAACUUCGUCCUUCACUGUUUAGGAAUAAAAAGAUAAAAUAACAUUAAAUUCUGUAUUGUACCUACUGAGAACUGAAUCUGUUCAUUUAUGAAAUAUUUAAUUUCUAAUAAUGAAGUCUGCAAUUUCAGGUUGCAGACAUGGACUUUUGUUAGAUUUUCAGGUUGACUUUUGUAAGAUUUUCAGGUUAGCCUGUAAUUUUUGUAAACUAGUGGAAAAAAAAAUUAUUAAAUGUAUAUUUUAUUCAAUAUCCUAUUUUGAUCAGCAUGGAUCAUGACGAAGUGGGUCAUUGUUAUUAUUUUUUAUCAUGUUACUAUACUUGGGUAAAGUUUAUUUAUUAUUUUAAAAUACAUCUUAACAUUGUCAUGUAUUUAAAGUUUGUGGACAAAAAUGUAUUUUAAACUAUUGCAUGACAUGCUGCAUUGCAAAGUACGCAGACACAACACAUCACAGCAAACUGGUUACGUUAGUAAUUUAUCAUGGGAUUUAAUAUAUCCUCAUCACAUAAAAUAAAAUUUAUUCAUCUAAUGCUACAGGUGCUUGUUUGGAUUGUAAUCUUUGGACCAGGUUAGGCCCCUGUGCUAAAUUGGAUUAAUUUAAUUGUCAAGUUCUUAGAGCCACUUGUGAACAUUAAUUGUCCUGUGAUAUGGAUCGUUGUACUUUGGGAAAUGCUUUUUCACAGAUGAGUACAAUGCUAAAAGGAUACACCUAAUGAGAAAUAAUCUGUCAUUCAAAGUUUACCUCCAUCAGUGUAUCCAGAAUAUGCUAUAGUAAACACCUCAUGCCAUUAAAGCAUCACCUUUACCACUAACAACAGACAGGAAAGAUCUAUGAAGCUAUAAACUGUUUCACCAUAUAUUGUUCUUCACUUCAGUGUGAAUUAGCAUUAAGUACCAAAGCAGGUGAUCUUUUUCCUUAUGUGUUUGUGUGUAUUUGUGAGAGUCUGCUCAAUAAUAAACAGGCACCUCAUCUGGGGUUGUCUCCAGAACUUGCUGUGGUUCCCAAAACCCUGAAGUGUGUUACAUGGUUUGGAAAUGGAUGAAUAAAUAUGUUUUACAUAUAAAAUAUAUAUAGAUAGUUGUCGACUUACAACCACAUUCAGUUCUGACAGACCGGCUGUAAGUUGAUCCAGUAAGACAGACUGAUAUAUGUAUUCAGAUAUCACCAUAUGUAUAGUACUGUACUGUAUAAUAAGUCCAUUAAGUCAUAUUGUUUGUUUUAUAUCAUUUUUUAUCAUAAUUAUUAGUACAUUGUGUAGAUUUUCUAUCCUUUUUUUGUAAAUAUUUAUUUUAUUAUUUUGUUUCAUUAUUACUGUUGCUUGCAUUUGUGCUGAACCUUUAAAGCUUCAUGUAUGCUUUC